GCAUAUUCGAUUUGUCCUUUACAUAACCCAUUUUGGUUUCGUCUAUUGUUUCACAAAGGAUGCUCAUUUUAACCGCCCCCCGAUUUAUGAACAACACCAAGCUGGCCAGCACCCGCAGACUCGCCUCUUCUCUAUUCUCGCAGGCCUCAUUACGCUCCAAACUUCCUGCUACAGCUGCUGCCUCUUACUCUACCAUCAAAGGCGGUUCUCUUAAAGACCGCCUCACCGAACUUAUCCCCGAAAAGCAAGAGGAAAUUAAAAAGUUCCGUUCUGAACAUGGCGGUGAUGUUGUAGGUAACGUCACUAUCAAUCAAAUGUACGGUGGUGCCCGUGGUAUUCGCUCCUUGGUUUGGGAAAGCUCCGUCCUCGACCCCAAUGAUGGUAUUCGCUUCCGUGGAUACACCAUUCCCGAAUGCCAAAAACUUUUACCCUCUGCUCCCAACGGAAAGCAACCCCUUCCCGAGUCUCUUUUCUGGCUUCUCGUCACCGGCGAAAUCCCUACCCUUACCCAGGUGCAAUCUUUGUCUGCUGAGUGGGCUGCUCGCUCUCAGCUCCCCAAAUUCGUUGAGGAACUCAUUGACCGCUGCCCUCCUUCCCUCCAUCCUAUGGCUCAAUUCUCCCUUGCUGUCACUGCUCUCGAACACGACUCUGCCUUUGCAAAGGCCUACGAGCGCGGUCUCAGUAAGCAUGACUACUGGAAAUAUACUUAUGAAGAUUGCAUGGACCUCAUUGCCAAGACCGUCCCUAUUGCUGGCCGUAUCUACCGCAACAUUUACCGUGACGGUGUUGUCGCUCCUAUCCAACAUGACAAAGAUCAUUCUUACAACUUUGCCAAUGUCUUGGGUUACGCCAAUAAUAGCGAAUUUGUUGAGCUCAUGCGUCUUUAUUUAUCUCUCCACUCCGACCAUGAGGGUGGUAAUGUCUCUGCUCAUACUGGCCAUCUCGUUGGUUCUGCCCUCUCAUCCCCUUUCCUCUCUAUGGCUGCUUCUUUGAACGGUCUUGCUGGUCCCCUUCACGGUCUUGCCAACCAAGAAGUUUUGAACUUCUUAAACACUAUGAAGGAAGAGAUUGGUGAUGACUUGUCUGAUGAGCGUAUCAAGAGCUAUUUGUGGGAUCUCUUGAAAUCCGGUCGUGUUGUUCCCGGUUAUGGACAUGCCGUUCUCCGUAAGACCGACCCCCGUUACACCGCUCAACGUGAAUUUGCUCUCGAAUAUCUCCCUAAGGAUCCCAUGUUUCAACUUGUCAGCCGUCUUUAUGAAGUCGUUCCCAAUGUCUUGACUGAGCACGGAAAGACUAAGAACCCCUUCCCCAACGUCGAUUCUCACUCGGGUAUUCUUCUUCAAUACUACGGUAUGAAAGAGCAAAACUUUUACACUGUACUGUUUGGUGUUUCUCGCACUUUGGGUGUUGCUUCUCAAUUAAUUUGGGAUCGCGCUCUUGGAUUCCCCAUUGAGCGUCCUAAGUCUUUCUCUACCAAAGCUUUAAAAGAGCUUGUUAAUGCUAAGUAAUGACGAUUUGGGUAAAUACGGAGUUUCUUGUAUAUCAUGGAUUCUUGAUUAGAAAACGACUAGUUCUAUGUUAUAAUUAUCUUUUUCUUUGUUGGACAUUUCAGAUAGAGUUUGAAAUAUGAGAAAAAUAUCUUCAAAGACUUUAAAUUAUUUUAUAACCAUAUAUUAAAUAUACUAUAUGAUGAGACACUAAUCUACAUUGCAUAGAUAAAGCAAUAAUGAAAUAAAAUAGAAAAUGUAAAACACA